AUGUCCUCCGAAAAGAUUGUCUUAUUUGACCUUCCCAGCAAGGAGCCGUGUGUAGCUUGGUCCCUGAACCCAUGGAAGACUCGCCUGUUGCUCAAUUACAAGGGUUUGGACUAUGAGACGAAAUGGGUUGAGUACCCCGAUAUCAAGACAACUUUGGAGCCUCAUGUCAAGCCCGGCAAUGCCCGCUGGCCAUUUACCAUUCCCGCCAUCAAGUUCCCCGACGGGACCUGGUCGCAGGACUCGCGCGUCAUUGCCGACCUCAUCGAGCAGCGGCACCCGGAGCCGUCGGUGCACCUCGACUCGCCGUACCAGCGCCGGAUCGAGGAGGCCGUGCCCAAGGCGUUUCUGCCGCUCAUGGCCAUUGGCCUGAACCAGAUCCCCAAGCGCCUGCUCAACCCGCCGAGCGUCGAGUACUGGCUCAAAGACCGCACGGCCUACAUCGGCGCCGACCUGGGCGAGCACGAGGCCAAGAACGGCGGCGACACGGCCUUUGCGGCUGCGGCCCCGGGCCUGCAGCAGAUCACGGCCAUGCUCAAGGAAAACCCCGAGGGCCCGUUCUUCAGCGGCAAGCAGGUCGUGUACGCGGACUUUGUCUGGAUCGCGGCGCUGUACUUUUUUAAGCGCAUCGGCGAUGAUGUGUACGAGGGAGCGCUGAAUGCCUCGGGUGAUCGCACGGUGCAUGAGAACCUUCUCAAGGCGGCGGAGCCCUGGUUGAAACGAGGGGAUUAUUAA